ACACUUUCAUUAAGAAUUCAUUGCCGCCCAAAUUACCCAAAACUUUUAUUUUAAAAUUCAACCUAUCCGUUAAAUUUAUUUUGUACAAUAUUUGGCAAUUUUCCUGGUCGAUAAUUUGUGUAAUCGAUAGUACGACAUAAAACGUGAGAAACAAUGUAAUCGAUAGAUAAUGUUAUCCAGCAGCUGUUGUUCUGUUGUCAUGUUAAUUUUAAUUUUAUUUUGAACGUCAUUCUCCGAUUCUUAAAGGUUGAGUCGAGUGGAAUAGCUAAUCUUCAUCAAUCCGUUUAUAUCAUAUAAAAAAUCAGUUAUUCAGUUUUGUGCAAUAAUUAAAAUAAUAAAAGAACGAGCAACGGCAGAUUUCCCGGGGGCCCACUGUUAAUAACAUUUUAGUCAAUGUUAAAGUUUAUGGGUGCCCAUAUCUGUAUGGGUAACCAGUGCCAGUGUUCGACAAAGCAAGAUAGCGAAAAGCAACCACUCAUCAAACCGGCAUUAGCACCGAAAAAGCGAGAAUUAUUCGCCCAAGCUUAAGACCAAGUUAUUGUAGAGUAGACGCCAACGCAUGCAAGAAUGACGCGCACAAACACCAAUUGCAUCCUAGCACUUCUCGGCGCUCUCUUCGCCCUGGAGCUGGUGACGAGCUCCGAAAACAAUGAGUACAUGAAGCGGGAACAUAGCCUGGUGCGUCCAUUUCAAGGCGUUGGCGUUAUACUCCCCCAUUGGGACUUUCUGGGCAACACAAUGGUUACCAGCAGCUAUAUAAGACUGACACCGGAUUUGCAAUCAAAAAGCGGUGCACUGUGGAAUUAUUCGCCUGUCAUGGGACGCAAUUGGGAGGUUCACGUUGGGUUCAAAGUGCAUGGCAAGGGUCAUGAGCUAUUUGGCGAUGGCUUUGCCAUUUGGUAUACAAAGGAUCGAAUGCAAACUGGUCCAGUUUUUGGCAGCAAAGAUCAUUUCUCUGGACUGGCCAUCAUACUGGACACGUACAGCAAUCACAAUGGACCGCAUAAUCACCAGCAUCCGUAUUUGAGUGCGAUGGUGAACAACGGCACCUGGAGCUAUGAUCAUGAUCGAGACGGCACCCACACACAGCUGGCCGGGUGCGAAGUGCGCUUCCGCAAUGUUGACUAUGAAACCUUUAUUAGCAUACGUUAUGAGAACGAUGUGCUCUCCGUUUCGACGGAUCUAGAGAAUCGAAACGAAUGGAAAAACUGCUUUGUGGUUAACAACGUCGAAUUGCCAACGGGCUAUUACUUUGGCCUAUCGGCGACAACGGGCGAUUUGUCCGAUGCCCACGACAUACACACCUUCAAGUUCUUCGAUAUUGACACAACAAUCACUCACGAGGAGAUUAUGCGACGUAGCAAUAUUAUUCCAAAUGCCAAAACGUUUGAAGCGCCGCGCGAGCACAAGGAUGAUCCGAAGCCGGGAAUGUCAAAUGCCAAAAUAUUCUUCAUAUUGUUAUUGGCAGUGCUGGUGACGGCGGGCGUGGCUAUAUUUGCCAUAUCCUAUUUCAAGGAUCGCAAUGCGCGAAAACGUUUCUACUGAAGAAUAAAGCAGGAACACCAACAACAGCAACCAAACCUAGGCAUAGUCAAUCAAGAAAGCAUCUUGUUCCAAACCGAGCAACAGCUGACAAGUUGUCAUGUCCUUUUUAACAGUUAAUUUAUAUAUUGAAUGUACCCAUUACGAUAUUUGUUCAUAAGUUAUCUAGAUUAUCCUGUUUCUGUUAGGUGUUCUAUUUUUUCUUUUUUUACUGCAGAAAAAUGUGAGCGUAGUAACUCCAUAUGUAAAGUAACAACAACGAAACAAAGGCAAAUGGGCAAUUGUUAAAUUUAA